GAGCGCCCGACUGAGCGAGAUCCACACAGGGAGACCCAGCUUGGCCGUCUGCAGCUUGGCCCACAAACACACAGCCAGCCCCAGAACCCACCAUCAGUCAACCUAACAGCCAGCCACCAUGAUUGUUCUAAUGGACAUGCAGAUGAUGAUGCUGGAUGUGAUUUACUUCAUCUUGCGCGGGUGCUUACGGAUCGUCAUGAGGCCGCGCACCAAGGACAUCAGUGGGGAGCUGGUGCUCAUCACCGGAGCCGGGGGUGGCCUGGGGCGCCUCUUCGCCCUGCAGUUUGUCCGUGAAGGGGCCGAGGUCGUGCUGUGGGACAUGAACGCCGAGACCAACGAGGCGACGGCCAAGCUGGUGCGUGAGGCCGGUGGCAAGGCCCACACAUACACGGUGGACGUGACCGACCGAGAUACAGUGUACAAGGUGGCCGAUCUUGUCAGGAAGGACCUGGGCAGGGAUGUCACAUUUCUGAUUAACAAUGCUGGCGUGGUGGCAGGGCACCGUCUUUUGGACUGCCCAGAUGACAUGGUGGAGAGGACACUGAAGGUCAACUGCCAUGCCCACUUCUGGACGGUGAAGGCAUUCCUGCCACAGAUGAAGGCUAAUAACCAUGGCCACAUCGUCACUGUGGCCAGUGUCCUGGGUCUGUUUGCUACUGCCUGUGUGGAGGAUUACUGUGCCAGUAAGUUUGCAGCUGUCGGGUUCCAUGAGUCUUUGACCCACGAGCUCCUGACAGAGGAAGAGUGUGACGGCAUAAAGACCACACUGGUCUGUCCCUACCUGAUAGACAAUGACAUGUUUGAAGGCUGCAAGAUAAGGGAGGAAGCAGAAUUGUUUCUGUCGGCUCAGGAUCCUGUUUACGUAGUCCAGCAGGCGAUGAAUGCGAUUCUUAUUGACCAACCACUUGUUUGCAUUCCAAGAUUGACUUACAUCCCCUACAUAGCUAAGGCGCUGCUUCCCUGGGAUGCAAACGUGGCAACCUAUCGCUUUGUAGGGUCUGACAAGAGCAUGUAUCCCUUUAUUGAGAAAAAGAAGACAGCCAUCAAGGCUGCAUAGACACCACACAGAAGCUGCAAACUUGUCAUCUCUACACACAAUUCUGGAAGUCUUUUUGGAAGUCCUGUUGGUCUAAUCACAGAGCAGAUGGGAAGAGCAAUAUGAGAGUGCCUGAUUUGGUUAUGAUGUAUUUAUUAUUGAGUUAUGUCUGUUUAGACAAAUGGGAUGCAGUCAAGCACACCUUCCUAAUUGGAACUCUGAAUUUUGUACGUAAAAAGCCCUGAAACCAGUUAAGUUUGACCAUUAAUGGCCAUUGAACCACUGAACUUGAAUGUGCCAAAUCGAUAAUGAGCUAUGAAUGUUAAAUUGUUGGAUACAAUCCAUCUCCGAGUCCUGCUAUGUAUUCAGGUUUAGGUAGGAACUUUAAGUUGAGACAAUCACCAACCACUGACUUGUCUCAUUGAAGUGUUUAGCUACGAACCUGAGUAGUAUAGCUACACACAGGAGGCUGAGGUGAAAGAGGGUAUCUAACUCCCCAUGACUUGCCAUUGACACAAAAGGUUUUUCAAUAUUUUGUAAUUGGCUAAUCCUCUCCCUUGGUAUUAAAAACAAAACCAUAUUUCUAUAAAAUAAACACAACACAGAUGUUAA